AUGACGGAGAAACCUUUAGGCUUCGGCUACCAGUUCGCGGCUGGGGCCAUCGCCGGUGUAUCUGAGAUUCUCAUCAUGUACCCCCUGGAUGUCCUCAAGACGAGAAUACAGCUGCAAGGCAAAGCGCCGGUCCCAGGACAGGACUACUACACCGGCAUGCUCGACUGUUUCAAGAAGAUCGUGAAGAACGAAGGUCCCUCACGUCUGUACCGCGGAAUCGGAGCGCCGAUUAUGAUGGAGGCGCCGAAGCGAGCGACCAAGUUUGCAGCCAACGACUCGUGGGGGCUGUUCUACCGUAACCUGUUCGGCGUCGAGAAACAAACGCAGCCGCUGGCCGUCCUCACGGGCGCCACGGCCGGCGCGACCGAAGCUUUCGUGGUGGUCCCCUUUGAACUGGUCAAGAUCCGCCUACAAGACCGCGCCUCGGCCGGCAAGUACACCGGCAUCGCGGACUGUGUGGUUAAGACGGUGAAAGCCGAGGGUCCUUUGGCGCUGUACAACGGGCUCGAAUCGACGCUGUGGCGCCACAUUCUCUGGAACGCGGGUUACUUUGGUUGUAUUUUCCAGGUCAAGGCGCUGAUGCCCAAGGUCGACAAGAGUGACAAGGGGAAAGCCAUGUUUACGGAUUUCGCGUCAGGCACGAUCGGUGGAACUGUUGGUACCAUUCUCAACACUCCCAUGGACGUGGUCAAGUCACGGAUUCAGAACUCGCCCAAAAUCGCCGGCUCCAAGCCCAAGUAUAAUUGGGCCUGGCCUGGCCUGGGUACUAUCAUGAAGGAGGAAGGCUUUGGCGCGCUUUACAAAGGAUUCUUGCCCAAGGUCCUCAGGCUGGGCCCGGGUGGUGGUGUGUUGCUUGUCGUAUACACCGGUGUCAUGGAUUGGUUCCGCCAAAUGGGGUCUCAGCCUAUCUGA